AAGGUAGCAUGGUGAGCGCGGCCGUCCACUUCGCCAACGCUCGCGUCUCGCCACCGCUGCCGCCACCGCCCGCCACCCGCUACCCGCUACCAGUCCGCCGCGACAGACAAGAGCUCUCGUAGCAGUCGUUGCGUCGUAGACUCGUUUUCCCGACUCGUUCGCGACUUCGAGGCUGUUCUCGCGUGGAGAGAAAGAGAGUGACUCGUAGUUUGGGUGGUUUAAACCUUUUUUUUUCCGCUCUUUUGGUUCGGGUCUUUAGUAAACAUAAGGGCACGCUUAUCCAAGUGGCCUAAAGGUGCUACUUAAUUACAAAUAAAAGAAAGCUUCCUCAGGUAAGGGAAAGGAAAAAAUAAUAAGAUACACACAUAUAUAUUGUUACAAGAUCGUGUUGCGGAGAGAAAAAGAAACAGUGUCUUGAUAUUAAAGUAAAUAUAUAGAGAGGGGUUGUAGAAUACAGACGAGGAAAUCUGAACAAAGAGAAAAGAGAGAGAUAGAAAAGGAAGAGAGCGAAGGAGAGUUCAACAGAUAGACCAAAAAGGCACUGUGAGGCUGUGACAGAGAGAGAGUAUGUGGAAAAGUGCCACGGCCUGGCACAGGUGAGCUCUGUGUAACAAUCUGCUCUUGUCGGGCACGGAGACGCUGGUGGUGACGCAAGACAUGGCACGAGCCGCUGGAAAAUGACAGACUGAGAGAUAAAGGAAAAGGAAUAGACGAAAGGGAAUAAAUUGGGGACUUGGAGAGAAUUUUUAAAGAAAUUCCUGCUUUUGACUCCAUCGAGAAGAAAAAAGAGGAUAUGAUAAAAAAGGGACAUGUACGGAGCAGAUGAGCGAUAGAAACUGAGGACAGAGAGAGAGAGAAAGGGAAAAGAAAGAAAGAGAGAGAAAGAGGAGAGAGACGAAGCAGAAGGAAGAGAGAACCUGAAGGCCUCGCCAUCCCUCGGUAUGCCCAGUCUCCGUAGCCGCGCCGAGUGAGGGAACUGAGAGCUCCAAGAGGCGAAAAGUGUUUAUGUGUUUGUGGCAUCCGAGCAGCAGCCAGCACGACCGGAGUCUACAGCUUCUACGACGACGCUCGGCGAGGCGAGGAGGCCGAGAGGAGGAGAAGGAAGAGGAGGACCGAGAGAGGGAGAGGGAAGGGAAGGAAGGAGGGAGUAGGUGGAGAAGGAGGAGAAGGAGGAGUGGGAUAAGGAAGAGGUAGAGGAGGAGAGAGUGAGGAGAUCGGGAAGGUGUGAGAAGGUGCGUCGGGAGGCAGGUGAUGCGAGCAGCCAGCGAGGCCGUGGGGCAGCUCGACCCCUGCUGGGACUCCUGAGGCCGAGUGGCUGUUGCUGGAGGCCGAGCAGGAGGUUCCCUCGGAGGCCAAGCAGGAGUGGCCGAAGGAGGCUAAGUAGAAGGUGCUGCUGGAGGCAAUCGGGUCCCGCGAGGUGUCGGUGACGCCCCCCACCACCACCAAGAUGUGGCUGACUCUCUGGAGGACCUUCGGCAUCGUCUUCUUCAUCGUCUCAUCCUUACCAGGUUGCAUGCCAGGGCACUACGAGCGGCAGCUGCUGAACGACCUCCUCAAAAACUACAACACCCUCGAGCGCCCUAUCGCCAACGAGUCCUCGGCCAUCGUCGUCAAGCUGGGUCUCACGCUGCAACAGAUUAUCGAUGUGGACGAGAAGAAUCAGAUUCUAACAACAAACGUCUGGCUAAAUUUUGAAUGGACUGACCACAACCUCAUCUGGAACGAAUCCGAGUACGGGGGGGUGGCUGACCUCAGGAUCCCCCCCAAGUACCUCUGGACACCUGACGUCCUCAUGUAUAACAGCGCGGACGAGGCUUUCUCCAGCAUGUAUCCGACCAACGUGGUGGUGACGAGUUCGGGCACCUGUACCCACAUCCCGCCGGGUAUUUUCAUGUCGACCUGUAGAAUCGACAUCACCUGGUACCCGUUCGACGACCAGAAGUGCGAGAUGAAAUUCGGGUCUUGGACGUACGACUUGGCGAAGAUUGACCUCCAGCUGCAGAGUCAAGACGGCGGCGACAUCAGCGGGUACAUAGCCAACGGGGAGUGGGAUCUCAUAGCGGUGCCAGGCAAGCGGAACACCCUUUCGUACAGCUGCUGUCCCGAGGUCUACGUGGACGUCACCUUCAAGAUCCACAUCCGCCGGCGAACUCUCUAUUACUUCAGCAACCUCAUCAUGCCCUGCGUUCUCAUCUCCUCCAUGGCGCUGCUGGGCUUCACGCUUCCGCCCGACUCCGGCGAGAAACUCACCUUAGGAGUCACUAUACUGCUCUCGCUUACCGUAUUCCUAAACAUUGUCACCGAAAAUAUACCUGAGACUUCCGAUGCUGUUCCCCUCAUAUCCACGUACUUCAACUGCAUCAUGUUUAUGGUGGCCUCCUCCGUGGUGCUGACCGUGGUAGUGCUGAAUUAUCAUCAUCGCACUCCUACCACUCAUACAAUGCCGAACUGGGUAAAUCAAGUGCGUUCUCCUCCAAUGGCUGCCGUGGAUCCUCCGCAUGAACAGGCCGGGCAAAAAGAUCACUUGGAAGACGAUCAUGAUGAGCAACAAGAUGCGAGAGAUGGAACUCAAGGAGAGGUCGUCCAAGUCGCUCUUGGCCAAUGUCCUGGACAUCGACGAUGACAUCCGCCAGAUCCAAGCCAUGGGCACCACCACCCCGACAGGAGGGGCGAGAGGGACGCCCUCGCACAACGGGGGACACCCUCGCCUGCUGGGCCGCUCCUACGAGGAAGGAGGCCCCCU